AUGAAGACGGAGAUUCGUCUGAAUGCGAAGGAGGAUGGUGUGUUGAAAUUAUUCGUCAAGGAGGGCGAUGUCAAGGCGGAGGGCGCUGUUCUUUGCGAGGUCGUCGAAAAUGCGAAGGAGGUUGUUCAGCCGCACAUCGACCCCGAAGGUGCGGCAGCCGACAAGCAGUCACGACUUUCCAUCUCGCAUGGUCCCAAAGAGCCACCCUUGACCAAAGUUCCUGUGGGCACUUUCUUUCGCCAGCAAGCUCAGAAGUAUCCUGAUACCCUUGCGUUGAUCUCGAGAUGGCAGGGAGUCCGGUGGACAUAUAAGCAGAUGGACGAGCUCAGCGAUAAGUUGGCUCUGGGACUCAUCACUCUUGGUGUGAAGCGACAUGACAGAGUUGGCAUUCUUCUGGGUUCAGCUGUGGAGUACAGCCUCGCUCAGAUCGCCUUGGCCAAGUUUGGUGCGAUUCUUGUAACCAUCAACCCAGCCUAUACCGUGACAGAGCUCAUUGGCGCACUCAAGUCGGUUGGAUGCACCACGCUCAUCACUUGUCCUGGGAUGCAAGGUCGUUCUUACAUAGAUUUAUUGACGGAAAUUGCCCCGAUCAUUUCAUCGUGUAGCCCGGACAACCUUACGUCCGAGUCCGUACCGACGUUGAAGCGUGUGAUCAUGAUUGACAACAAGAGCAACCACCUUCAGGGAAGGUUGCCUGGAGCAUUACGUUAUUGGGAAGAUGUCGUUGCUUUGGGUGAAAAGCAGGAUAAGCAAAUGCUUGAUGACAUUGAAGGUCAACUGGACUAUCGGGAUGUCAUGAACCUCCAGUUCACGAGCGGCACGACCGGCAAUCCCAAGGCCGCCUGCUUGACGCAUCUUGGCCUUCUUAACAAUGGUGUAUUCAUCGGCGACAAGAUGAAGCUUACUCCACAAGACAAGCUUUGCGUUCCUCCGCCACUGUUUCACUGUUUUGGCUUGGUUAUCGGGAACUUAGCGGCUUUCACGCACGGUUCCGCCGUAGCAUAUGCCUCCGAAACGUUCGAUGCGGCAAGCGUUCUCGAAACGGUUAGCGAAGAGAAGUGCACGGCACUUCAUGGGGUUCCCACGAUGUUUGUUGCCGAGAUGGAGCAUCCUGACUUCAAGAAAUACGACAUGUCGUCCUUGAGGACGGGCGUAGCCGCUGGAAGCCUUGUUCCCUCCCAACUUAUGGAGCGUAUUCACCGGCACCUGAAUUUGACCGAGCUCACCAUCUGCUACGGCAUGACCGAGACAUCUCCAGUGUCAACGAUGACAAGUGGUGAGGACACCAUGUUUCAGAGGACCAGUACUGUUGGUCGAGCUAUGCCCCACACGUCUCUCAAGGUUGUUGAUCCCGAAGGCAACAUUGUUCCAACGGGCACUUUCGGCGAACUAUGGACCGCUGGAUAUUGUUUGCAGACAGAUUACUGGCGUAACCCAGAGAAGACAGCUGAAGUCAUGACAACAGACGAGAACGGACUCCUGUGGAUGCAUACCGGUGACGAAGCCGUCAUGGAUGACGACGGCUACAUCAAGAUCACGGGUCGUAUCAAAGAUCUAAUCAUCAGAGGUGGCGAAAACAUCCAGCCUUCCGAAAUUGAGGACCGACUCCUCGCUCACCCCUCCAUUUCCCUUUCCAGCGUCGUCGGUCUCCCAAGCGAAAAGUACGGAGAGGAAGUAGCGGCGUUCAUCGUCCGUGCACCCAACCAACCCCGGAUCUCUGAUGCUGAAGUACGUGAAUGGGUGGGAGGGACUUUGGCGCGCUACAAGGUGCCAAAGUAUGUGUUUUGGUGCGGAGAGACGACUGGGUGUCCUCCGGACUUCCCAAAGACGGCGAGUGGGAAGAUCAGGAAGGUUGAUCUGAGGGUGAUUGGGGCGGAGUUGGCGAAGAAGGGGUUGGGACUGUAG